GUCAGUCGCUGUGCGGUGCCUGGAGCCAGCGCUGAGUGGAGCCUGUCUGCCAACAGCCUCAGCAGCGGCUCGAUCUGGAUCCUACUACACUCACUGACAAUUAAACAGGAGGCCGCUUUUUCUUCUUAUUCCCGAGGACCACUCUCCACCAUGGGCGACAAGAAGAGCCCUACCAGGCCAAAAAGACAAGCCAAACAGACCGCAGACGAUGGAUACUGGGACUGUAGCGUGUGCACCUUCAGGAACACUGCCGAGGCUUUUAAAUGCAGCAUCUGCGAUGUGAGGAAGGGCACAUCCACAAGGAAACCCCGGAUCAACUCUCAGUUGGUUGCCCAGCAGGUGGCUCAGCAAUACCCGAUGCCUCCCCCACCCAAGAAGGAACGGAGGGAGAGAAGUGAGCGCACAGAGAAGGAGCAUCCAGACGGAGAAGGCGAACGUGCCAAUGGCGAGGGGCGUCCUGAGGGUGAGCGUCCUGAGGGUGAGCGUCCGGAGGGCGAUCAUGCCAUUGGCGAAGGGCAUCCGGAGUGUGAGCAUCCAGAUGGCGAGCGUCGCGAGGGUGAGCGUGCCAAUGGCGAGGGCCGUGCGGAGAGAGAGCGUCCAGGGAAUGAGCGUCCAGAGAGCGUGAGACCAGAGGGAGACACCCUUGAGAAGGACAAGAGCGACAUGGAACAGCCAAUCAAAGACAAACCCGACAGGGAGAAGGACAUCAUCCCGGCAAUCACGAAGAAGCCCAGCAGCAAAAAGACCAGACCAAAAUCAGAUAACCACCAGAGCCCACCCAGUGACAAACACAGCAUACAGUCUGGAAAAUCAGCAACCAAGACCAACAAGAACUCUCACAUUUCCAGACCCAAACUGAAGAACAUCGACCGGAGCACCGCCCAGCAGUUGGCCAUUACCGUAGGGAAUGUGACGGUUAUUAUUACAGACUUUAAGGAGAAGACCCGCUCCUCCUCCACGUCCUCAUCCACCAUCACGUCCAGCGCAGGCUCUGAACAGCAGCACCAGAGCUCCGGCUCCGAGAGCAUGGACAAGAGCUCGUCACGCGCCUCUACGCCUAAAGGGGAUCUCUCUGUGGGGCAUGACGAGUCAUUCUGAGGGUACCGCCUCAUUCCUUCCCCACAGUCUUCACCCUGCGCCACUACCCCUUUUUCCCCCCACGUUUUGGACACUAUGGAUCCCAUAGGGGGAGAUUUCACCUUUUACCAUUGCUGCCCUGCCUCCAUCUCAUGAGCCACCCCUGGAUGCAGAGAGGAUCUGGUUGCCUGAGAGGAACAGUGCGAUGCUUCUGUCAGGGAAAACAAACGCUCUUCUUGGAGGACUUCCCUCGUGGUUACAACCUUGGCACAGGCAAGGAGAGUUGCUCUACAAAGAGUAAUGCCCCCAUCCCAAACGCCCCCCCUGCGGUAGCAUCCUGACACUUGUAUGUAUUGUUUUAUAUUUGUAUGUGGAUGUGAGGCCAAGUCGACUUUUUUGUUGUUUUUGUAAAGAAGAAUUCUUCGCUGGGCACAAUAACCACCAUCAUUUUAAUAACUUUAAACUAUUAUUACCCUUAUUUAUUACCUGUUGCACCUGUAUACUUUGAUAUUCUCCUUUUUAUGUUGAUGCUUUGCUGUGUAGCUCUGCCGAUCGAUCGUUCCUCUGGUGUUUUUCUUACAGUUUGAAAAUGAUAGGACAUGACUCGAGUCACAGACAGACACACAUACACACACAAACACACACACACUGGUGCUAGAUACACUGUGAAGCGGUUUUGCAGAUCUGGGACUGCCCAUUCACUCAAUGUGACAAAGUGCUGAUGAAUCAAAUUCUCAUUCACUUUUCUCUACAACACUGUCUCACUCUGAACACUGUCUGGACCUCCAUCAGGUCCGUCUGCUUGUUCUGUACAGGUCAAUGUGAGUCAGAAGAAAACCACCUGACAUUUUCAACUAGACUGUCUAUGAUUUAGUAUGCUAUAGCAGAUCUCUUAUACAGUAUCUUAUGUCCUUAACUGUACAGUGUAGGCUGUUGUGUAAAACACUAAAAGCUGUUGAUAUUUUUCUGCAUCCCAUACUUACAUAUUGAGUUUCCUGGCAGCAGGUAGAGCUAUUCUCUCAUCUCUGGAGCCAGACGGUUUUAUUCAGUUGUGACUGAAGGAGGGUUCUGCGUUAUUCCACUUGGUCAAACCAUAUUGAACUGUAAAAAAAGAUCUGUUGUGUCAAGCUGUUGUGAAUCAAGUUCAUUUAAAAAAAAAUUGGUGGUUCUGAAGAUGACUUUGAAUCUUCAAUUUUUCAACCUGAUAAAUCCCUCAAAACAAGUACAAAGCCACAAACAAGUUACAAAGAUUGACAAUUCAAUUGACUUGUGUUUAUUUUUGUAUUAAUUUAAAACUCCUCUCGUUGAAGGCAAAAAAAUAAUGUUGCAGUAGUUAAUACAACUUAAUUGCUCUUUUCAAUUUUUAGAACAGCAAGGCUUAUUUAAGGGUUUUAAUUCACUUCCACAUUAGCUGAUACUAGACCAACAUAAUUUUCUUUUAUUGUAUGAAAUUGUAUAAAGAAUAAAUGUGUAUAUGAUAUCUUAGUUUUAUUUAUUGAAGGACCAAAGGAAUUUCAUAAUGACAUGAUACAUAGACAGAUGAAUAACAAUUUGAAAUGCAAUUAUCUAAUGUGUGAGAUGAAUAACAGUUUAAAUAAAGACUAAUAUAAUCCA